UUAAUUAUAAUGAAUUUUAAUCGAAUUAUUAUGUGUACCUCCGCAUCGACUACACCAAAGUGAAUUUAAAUCUGAUCAGCUGAUGUACAUAGUAGAGAGGGAUUCACUGACAAGUUCAACUGCGCAAUUAAAAACUAGUUGAUUAACAGCUUCGAAUCGAUCAGUCGCCGGCCGAUCGCCUCCCACUGCAGUACGAGAGCGAAUCAAGAUCAUGUCAAUCCAUUCACUUGGAACGCUCUUGGUGCUAUUUAGCGGUAGCCUUGUUCUCGGCCAGAACCCGGAUCCAGCCGCGGAGAAAUCUUGCACAUUUUUCAAGAAGACAGUCUUUGAGCAGAGAAUUCCUAUAAGCCCCUUUUUUCCCAAUGCACCGAUUACAUAUCAUACACUCGACUCCUGCAGUGGGUCGCGACCCCUGAUAGUGGACGGGACACCGGCGGAACCCAAAGAAUUCCCACAUGCAGCGAGGCUGGGCCACCGGGAUGCUAAUAAUGAAAUUAAAUGGUUCUGUGGCGGCACCUUGAUCAGCAAUCGCAUUGUGCUCACAGCGGCACACUGUUUCUAUACCAAUUUAGGAGCGGUCAACGUGGUCCGGUUGGGUGAGCUUGAAUUCGACACUGAUACGGACGACGCUGAGCCCGAGGACUUCGGCGUGUCGCGGCUUAUAGAACACGAAGAGUAUAGGGAUCCGGCCCUCUAUCACGACAUUGGCAUGGUGCGGCUCGAUCGGGAGGUGAAGUUCAACCUGUACAAACAUCCCGCCUGCCUGCCCUUCGACGACGGCGAGCAGCACGAGACUUUCAUUGCAAUCGGUUGGGGCCAGAAGGCGUUCGCUAGGAAGGAGUCCAAGAAGCUACUAAAGGUUCAGCUGCGAGGCUAUGGGCAGCGGUGUCUGGAAACCACAGAUGCGAACGAAGAGUUGCCCAAUGGCUUUAACACCACCAUUCAGCUGUGCAUCGGAUCGAAGGACAACAAGGACACCUGCAACGGAGACUCUGGCGGUCCGGCAUUGGCCUAUCACAAAGUGUUUACUUGCAUGUACCAUGUAAUGGGCAUCACCUCGGGGGGAGUCAGUUGCUCCACACCCGAUAUACCCAGCGCCUAUACGAGGGUCCACUACUACCUCGACUGGAUCAAAAGGGAGUUGGCGAAGACCUCGUAGAGUCAAUCGAGUUAUGAAGUUAUGUUUAAUUUAACUAAAUAGCGAAUUUUCUUUUCUUAGAAAGGAAUAAAUGUAGAAAAUAAAAAAUGUAAAUGUACGAUUUAUUCAAACUUCCCAGACCGGUUUGGUGUGCUCAAGUCAUAACUUAAAUUUCAUAGAAUAAGAUCUGGUUUUAAUUCCACAAAAAGCAGUUUUCAUUUGUGUUUCC